GUAAAGACCUCCCAGACCUAGGAUGUACAAAUAAAAAAACUUAUCAUGUCGUCUCAAAAUUUGUAUCUUUAGCGAUAACAAACUCAUACGUCGUUCUUGGAGCUAACUAGAGAAGAAGAAAUUUAGGAGUAGUUGUGUAGACUAUGUCAAGCAUCAUAUCGAAAAAUGGCGACGAUGAUGAGUUUCUCCUGUUUCUCCUUGGAGGCCUUCGAAGUUCUCUUCGCUGUGUCGUUAUUUUUCAGUGUUGUGCGUACCUUCUCACCUUUAUGUUCCUUUUACAAGUGGUUUCACGAAAGCGGCUUUGAAGUCAGCAACUAUCGCGGAUACGGCCAAACGGCAUGUCGCUUUUACGGGUUGAUUCCCAGUCCGCAUCUCUCUCCGAGACAGCACCGAUGGGCGGGCGCGGCUUGGAUGAUGACGAUACUUGCCAUCGGAGGAACUGCCUUGACGAAGUUGAAUGAUCCUCUAGUUCUACUUGACUACAGCACGACUACUUCUAAUACCUCGACGAGUUCAUCUAAUAAUUUUGUCACAGAUCAUACGGGUAGUAGUACUACUACUACUGGUGCCUCCAGAAGUUCCUGGGGCGGGGGCGUGAAGACGCAUAUGGUAUUGGCAGGUUUAUCUCUAUCGUGCUUGAUGUUCUACCACGCGUACAUAUCCCAGCUCUUCUGCGAGGCUCACGUUGGCGCACACGUCACGGUCAUGAUUCCGCCAGCACUGCUGCAACUGGCUUUAUACAAUUUUGGGCGCGCUGAGCAGGCUGGAGACUGGCCUUGGGGUCGUGCUUUGGCGAGAUCCUCAUCAAAUGGCGGGACGAGGGCGAACAACAGCGACCGGUCUUUGUCAGUCAUCAAAGUUGAGAUUUACUUCGCCUUUCUUGUGAAAGCCGUGAUCGUGCUUGCGUAUUCGUGUGCAGGCCUCUCGAAAUUGAAGACCAGCUGGAGAAACCAGAAAAAGAAGAAGUGGACGGACGGGAGCACUUUGCAGGCUUGUAUUUUCGAAGCGUUGUCUCUGUCCCGGCAUCCUGUCGUAGUACGGCACCAGUUGGACGUCGAACAUGAUAGUUUUCAACAUUCUCAAGCUGAACAAAAGCAAAAACAAAACAAAAGGAACAGCUUGAUGGAUCAGCACGACGAUGUAACUCGCUCGUGGCGCCUCGAGCAUUCACCGAGUACAACAGACACUCCGACUUCUGCAGGCAACACACUCACUUCCACGACCAUUUCCGCGCCAAGUUCAAGCGGCAAGUUACGGGUGGUCUCCAUAACCAAUGAUCACUAGAAGUCGUUUGAAUCUGAGGACUGUGCUAGGUGGAGUCUAGAUUUUUUCUCAUGUUUGAAUCUAUCAUCGAAAUGAUAUACGACAAGUACAGGUACAGGAGGUGAGAGGUAUCAAUCUAGACGAAGCAUUUUAAACUUUAAUGCGUGGGGAGCGAAUUCAGCAGCCGGGUAUCGUAGAAUUUUACGAGACGAUGAACACAUUAGAAGCGCUGAAGGGCGGCACUGUACAUGCCGAACGCAGUUUAUGAGUACAAUAUCAAAUGAUUGAGGUAGUAUGGACCCUUUUUACUUCGAUUUUCAUUUUGAUCUCUUCUAGAACUAUACUCCACUGAUAACUCACGAGAUGCUUUUUAGAAAAGAAGAAUCACCGAAAGCUUUUUUAGCAGCCGAGCGCUAAAAACGCGACAAUGCCACGUCGCGGUGGACGAACAGGGGAGCUACAACAUGAAGAACAACAACGAGGUUGGCGUGAGGGAGCAAGACGGCACUGUUGGAGAUUCUGUCGGCAGAAGUCGGUGUCGGAGACUUUUGGAUUUGCCGCAUUUUACAUUUGGAGUUCCUACGCCUUUUUCUGAUCGCCUCCAAGCCUGGGCUCUGAAUAAGGUUAUUCUCCUGCAGCUAGCCUCCACAUUCUCCGUCUAUUUUGAAUUCCUGGCGCCUCUGAUUCUUCUGGCGAAUUUCGUGGAUUUUCAGUCCUUGUCUGACUUUGGCGCCGAGAGCACUUCAGUGGUCAGCAGCGAGACGACUCCAGCGCCUCUUUCCUCCACCAUUGAGAAUCACCCUCUUGUUUCCAGCAUAAGCAUGAGACCGA